ACUCCCGCGCCGCUGGCGCGCCAAAGAAGAUGUCUUCCUCCGCGCAAUUCGCACGAUUCCGUAGCGCCCUCAACCACUCUUUUAAUAUUAAAGCCGACCUGACCAGCUUCUUCUGCUCUUUAGUCUUUUCCCCCUUUCAGUAGUUUGCCCGACGGGAGACAUCGAAGAGCGAUCGAGUAAGCUUUUCUGAAUUCUAACAAAGGCGACGCCUUUUACAGGUUUUCUGUGAAUUCUGGUUUAUGGGUCUCUGCCUUAUAAUUUCUAGCUUGUUGGAUCAUCUGUAAUUGGUGCUAGGAUGAGUGGAAUCGCAAUAGAGGAUGACUGGGAGUUUGCUUCACCUUCUACCGAAGACCCUUGGUCGAUCGUUCUAGUUGGACGAACUGGUAAUGGGAAGAGUGCAACAGGUAAUAGCAUUCUGAAGAAGAAAGCCUUCCAGUCCAAGAAUAGUUCAUCUGGGGUAACGCGGUCCUGUGAGUUGCAGACGACUCUGUUGGGAGAUGGUCAGAUCCUCAACGUCAUCGACACUCCUGGGCUUUUUGAUUUCUCUGUGGGAGCUGACUUUGCACACAAGGAGAUUGCCAAAUGCAUCAACAUGGCUAAGACUGGGAUCCAUGCAGUGGUCCUUGUGUUUUCUGCGAGGAAUCGGUUUACAGAGGAGGAAGAAGCUACAAUUCGUAACUUACAGUCCUUGUUCGGAAAGAAGAUCAUCGACUACAUGGUUGUAUUGUUCACUGGUGGAGAUGAACUCGAAGAUAAUGAUGAGACUCUAGAGGGUUAUUUGGGCGAUGAUUGUCCUCAACCUCUAAAGGAAAUCAUGCAACUAUGCAACAAUCGAGUUGUGCUUUUUGAUAACAAGACUAAAGAUGAACUGAAGAGGGUUGAACAGGUCAAGCAGCUGAUGACACUUGUGGACAGUGUCAUAUCACAGAAUGAUGGAAAACCGUACACAGAUGAUAUCUUCAUCGAGAUGCAGAAGGCGAAGAUACUGCGUGAUAAAAAACAUGAGGUCAAUGCCCAGAACUUGAAGGGUGCCUCUGAUCAGGAACUGGUUAAUCUGACAGCAGAAAUGAACAAGGCAUAUGUUUAGAGUAACUAAACAAUCAAACAUUCCAUCCAUCUCUGUGUCUUAGUUAUCCAUUGCAUGUGUCGACUCGAAAACUUGGAAAUGGACAGAGUGGCUGUCUCUUUUCUCAGUCCAAAUGCCACAAAGUUGAGGAAAAGCUAAGGGAGACGACGAGCAGGCUGGAGCAGCAGCUGGCAGAGGAGCAAGCUGCACGACUGAGGGCAGAGGAGGUCGCCCAGAUGGCUCAGUUGCAAUCCAACGAUGAAAUCCGUAAGCUCCGGGAGAAUCUAGAGAGAGCUCAGAAGGAAACCGAGGAGCUCCGCAAGAAGGCUGAGAAGGUGUGCACAAUCCUCUGAUGCAGCUAAGAGCAGCACACAUUUUGCUCUGUGGGGCUAAAUGUGCUGGUAGAUCUUCUGUUAUGUGGCCAUAUUGUCGGACUCCAGGGAAAAUUCGGACUCGGUUGAGGGAUAAUGACGUGACGAUGUCGAGAUUUUAGUUCUGGUGUAAAUAUGACUCUUCCAAAUUUCUCGGUUUUACUGGAUUUGGAGUAUUGAACUAUGCAUGCAUGUCAUAUAUGCGGUUUGAUGUGGUGGUGAUUUGUACGUUUUAAGCUUAUAACCACAGUCCACAUGUCUAGUUUGUAGUUAGGGGUAGGAGUCUUGGUCCAUACUGGACCACAUCGGACCAACCGACGUUUGGAUCGAAUUAUAUCGAACUGAAUAUGAAUGGAUGUAGUCUUUAGUAUGAUGAAUUUGAUACAUAUUGAAGAAAAU